UGAUGGAAACAUACACACGCUGGCUCCACUAAAUACGAAGCCGAGAACGAGUGGAUCGUCCAAAAGAUCUAAAAUGCACCAGUGCUCCCUCUGCUCGAAAAUCUUCCCGCGACCCAGCGGUUUGAACACACAUAUGAAUUCUCACUCUGGAGCCAAACCUUACAAGUGUCCGGUACCAUCGUGCGAUAAACACUUCGCAGUUCGAUCGAAUGCCAAGCGUCAUCUGAAGACGCACGGCAUCAAUCCCUCUUCGAUGGAGGGCCCAUCCCAAGGCUCCAACUUUACAGUUGGGUUUGAAGAGCCUUUCGUAAAUCACCAUGUUCACGACUCAGGCCAGCCACCAACGAGACUCAGGUGGAUGCCACACAGCCUCGCCACGAGGACGCAAUCCGCCACUGACUGG